ACUCUAAAUUUGUUGGAAAAGAUGACGGAAAGAGAUCUAGAAAUUUACCUUCGUGAUCUUUUAAAAGAACCCAAAUACCUUGUGGUGGUCGAUGAUUUAUGGCAAAGAGAAGCAUGGGAAAGUCUAAAACGAGCAUUUCCGGACAGCAAGAAUGGCAGCAGAGUUGUUAUUACCACGCGCAAAGAAGAUGUCGCUGAAAGAGCAGAUAACAAAGGUUUUGUCUAUAGACUUCGUUCCCUGAGCCAAGAAGAAAGUUGGGAUCUCUUUUGUAGGAAACAACUUGAUGUUCGGGCAAUGGUCUCAGCAAUGGAAAGGCUAGCAAAGGAAAUGGUGGACAAGUGUGGAGGUUUACCUCUUGCAGUUGUUGUACUAAGCGGACUACUUUCACAUAAAAGGGGGUUCGAAGAAUGGCAAAAGGUGAAGGACCACCUUUGGCAAAACAUUAAAGACGACUCUAGUGAAGUCUCCUGCAUACUAUCAUUGAGCUACAACAAUUUGUCAACUGCGCUCAAGCAGUGUUUCCUGUACUUUGGUAUUUUUCCAGAAGAUCACGUGGUCCAUGUUAAUCACAUAUUAUGGUUGUGAUUGGCUGAAGGAUUCGUACCAACAGGUAAAGAAAUAAUGGAAGAUGUUGCUAAAGGCUUCUUGAAUGAGCUGAU